AAAAGAAAACAACCUGACAAUAGGAAAGAAAAACUCAUUCUGUAAAGGUGACAAAGAAUGCAAUUUGAGUAACUGUUGUCUUCUACCAACACACUUAAAUCACAUUGAGAGCCUGGAAUUGUCACAAAUGACAUCGGGGGUAAAAUGUCAUGGGAAAAGUGUCUAACGACCUUAUCGAUCGAAACACCAUAGAUCAACAUUGACUUUGGUUUAAGUUACCGCUGACGAUGUGUCCUAAGCUAACACAAUGUAACAAUGCAUAUAUACUGCAUUCUUUUUGUCCAAUCGAACAGUACGAUAUACUCGUGGGUUCUAGAAAAGCAAAUUUUUACAUAGCAACACAACACGACGUAACUUUGUCCUCUCCGUCAGAUUUUAGCGUUGCAAACAGUGUUACAGAUCCAAACCGGGUGGUAGACCCAACAACCCUGAAGAUGUACGAUGAAGAAGUGGAAGCAACAUAUGGCGAGUUAAACAAGGGAAUGGACUACUUUGAAGGAGACAUUAAACUGACUCAGCAGCUGAAAGAUUAUAUAAAAUCAACCCGAGAAGGGGGCAACCUCCAAACAAGAGCUCUUAUAAAAGAUGUGAGAAAAUUGUGGCCCAACCAAGUGGUUCCAUAUUCGCUUGCUGACGAUCUGAGCGCUGAAACACGUGGUUACAUACAGUCAGCAAUAGCUGAGUGGAGCAGUAAAACUUGCCUUACGUUCCGACCGAAAACUGAUGCUGACGAAGAUUACAUAGAUUUUGUCUACGAGGUAGGAUGUUCGUCAUAUGUAGGACGUAUUGGCGGUGGACAGACAAUUUCAGUAGGAAACUCAGAUGGCUCAAUUACUUGUAAACAUGGUAACAUCGUGCAUGAAAUUGCGCAUGCUUUGGGGUUCUUUCACGAACACAGUCGACCGGAUCGUGAUGAUUACGUCACUGUUCACUGGGACAAUAUUGAAGGCGGUUAUCAAAAGAACUUCGAAAAAGAAACUACUGAAACCGUCGACUCUCUCGAAGUGGGUUACGACUAUGGCUCUGUUAUGCACUACGGGGAAUUCUUCUUUACUAGAGAACAAGGUUUACGAACUCUGGAGCCCACACAAACAACCACAGCAACCAUUGGUCAAAGGAUCGGCCUUAGCGACCUAGAUGUUCAACAAGGGAACUUGCUGUAUCAAUGUCCGGAUUACCGGGAUGAAGUAAGAAAAGAAAAGAAAACGAAACAAGACUCUGUAGACAACGAAUUAUGGGAACGACCACUGCGUGAACAUGAGGUCAAGGUGCUAAGAAGUAAGGUGCAGAAACAUAAGCACAAAAAGCACAGUGGAAAUGCAGAGGUAUCUGUGAAAAAGGACGCUACAUCCCACAAAACAGAGAAAAAGAGUAGCCAUCUACAUACGAUCUUGAAGAGCAAAACGACCCCAAAAACGUUCACUCAAGCUAAAACCAGUGAAAAGGCAAUCAAGCAUGCCACGGCCGACUCUAGGUCGAUGGUCUUUAAAGAAAAUCAGCUUAAACCUCAGUUGCGCAAAGCUUACAGAGUAGACGAGGAAGAUAUAUUGGAAGGAGACGACGAUGAAGGCGAUAUGUUACCUUACUCCCGAGAUGUCAGUACACCUGUGAGUGCCCCAGAAACACCAAAUCAACUGGCCACGGAUAGAGCAACGCUCGCUCAAGAAGAAGAAGAUUCGGUUCAACAACAGGACAAUGACGAAAUAGGCGAAGAGAACUUAGGCAAAGACUACUUUGAAGGAGACAUGAUGUUAACACCAGACCAGCAAGCUUUUCUGGAUAAGAUAAAAAACGCCGACGACACACAAGUUGGCAUCAAACGGGCCCUUAUUAAAGACAAAAUGUACCUUUGGCCGAAAGCUAAAGUCUACUAUAACUUUGAUAAAGGAGUAGAUAGGAUAGGUAGAAGACGAGCUCGUGCAGCUAUGCGUCAUUGGCAGAAGCACACUUGUCUCAAGUUUAAACGCGUCAAGAAUCCGCCUGAAGAUUUAGGAUACAUCAACUUCGUCUUUGAAGGAGGUUGCGCUUCUCGAGUGGGUCGCGGUGGAGAUAAAAGCCAGAAACUGACUAUAGGUAGCCCAGCUCUGAGGUGUAAAGUAGGAAAUAUCAUCCACGAGUUGGGCCACGCUGUCGGCUUCUUUCACGAGCACAGUCGGCCGGACAGGAAUAAGUACGUCCGUAUUCUUAAGAAGAAUAUUCUUCCAGGUUACGAAAGAAACUUCUUCCGAUUUGGCAGGAAGUGGAUCGACUCGCGUGACGUCCCAUACGACUACGGAUCCAUCAUGCAUUACAAUAGAGCAUUCUUCUCGCGCUUUCCUGUCAUGCUUGAUACACUGGUCCCUCUACAUAGAGGUGUGGAGGUUGGUCAGCGGAAGGCACUCAGUAGGUUUGACAUCCUACAGGCCAACUUACUCUACCAGUGUGAUGGACGAAAAAGGCUGAGUGACGAAGAAAUACAGCAGCUUAAGGAGGAAAGUUACGAUCAAGUAUCUGAAGAUUCAGUCAUAUGUGCAGACGUAUAUGACCGUGAUUCUUGCCAGUCAGUUAAAUCUCGGGGGUACUGCCAAAAGUUUCCACAUAGUAUGAGAACAACGUGCGGGAUCACGUGCAACUUAUGCGGAAGUAAAUACAAGCAAUCACACGGAGGGGCAGGGGCGAGGAAAAAGUCCGCGGCCACUCAUGAGGUGACGCGAAAAAGUUUGGUCAACAAAUUGAAGAUUACCCCGCUUAAGGAGGAAACGGGCUCUAAAAGAAUGAUCCCCGAGGAGAACCCUCAAACUACUUGACAAGUUCAAUUUUGAGUGAGGUAUGAAUGCUAAAAAGAAGGAAGCGGUACAAGGCAACCACGAACAGCGUGCUUAGCUAAAGAAUUUAAGAAUUUUCCAUGCCUACUGGCACCAUACAUGUUUCAUUUCGUUUUCCUUACAGAUCUAUUUUUCUAUACUAAAAAACAUCAAGCACUUAAUCAAUGCUAUCAGAGCCAACUUCAUUUUCCACAGAGCACGAUUGUAAAUUUAAUUGCUGAAAACUAUAUCUAUUCAUAAACAUUGACCACGCCUUGAAAUUGAACCACGCUUUGUCUUGCUACAGAGUAUAUAAACACUGUACGUACUUCCCAAUUUAUUUUGUGAUUAGAGUCAAGCUGCUAUCUUAGUGUUACUUUAGCUAUCAAAUGCGAGGAACCGACCAACCGUUUGAUUUCAGGAGAAAUUCUCUAUAAAAAUGCUCUUUCAAGAUGGUUGUGCAGGCAUAACAUAAUACACGAAAUACUAUUUGUCAUAUUUCUGAGGGCAAUUCAAUUCCGAGGCUUAAAACUUUUAAAGAAUCUAGAAGGAAAAAGGCAGAUAUUCUCAAUUAACUAAGAGUCUUCUUUGAUUAUUUUAAGCCUUGUAAAUAAAUAUUAUAAUCUAAAGCGAACAAUGUGGACAUCGAUUUUACAUUACAUCACCCAUAUCUUUUUUUUUUUCUGAAAUACAAGUAUCUUUAUUGUCUUAAUCAAUCAUUCUAGUAAUCUUUUAAAGACAAUACUGACGAAACGACAAAAAGUAAUGUGACCAUGUAUGGAAUUAAAAUUUAAUUAAAUAUA